AUGCCGCAGACAUCGGACUUUUACAGGUAUAGAGAACUGGACGGAUCAAAGCAGCAGAUCCGUCUCGCAAGAUUGUUGCGAUCUCAACCUGUGGCCAAUACGCUAUACAAGCGCGACUUCAUUUACUGCGAACUUGAGAUAUUCGACAUCAACACUGCACCCGAGUUCAUCGCUCUGUCAUACACUUGGGGUGGACCAUCAGAUAAUAGGUAUAUCGCUAUCAAUAACAAGCUGCUCGCUGUUAGAAUGAACUUUACCUCUGGAUCGAUCAGAUAUGUAUCAACCAACAGGACACGGCGGAACGUAAUCAUCAAGUUCGCCUAA